ACUCGCGGAGGACUGUCGCGUGUAACGGAUCGCGCAAUACAUCGAUACGCGGGUGAAAAGUUUCCGAAGUUAUGAUCAGUGUAAACAAUAUGUGUGGUUACAUUAUAUAAAUAAUAGUAACGAGUACCUAAUAGAAUUUUGUCUAAUCAGUUUAUGCGGAGUUUGGAGCAGUAAAGACUCAGGCUGGUGAGGCGUUUGAGACACAAAGUUGAUAUUGGCGACAUCUUUGCACAUUGCAACGCAUGACGAAACAUGGACAGCGCAGGCAACAAUACCACAUUAUAUGAUGAAUACCUCAACCCUAGUGAACUGACUUUCCAAAGAGAGUUCAUCGCCAAAGAUACAGCAAGCAACAUCACGUGGCCCAUUGAAAAAUGCAUACAAAAUCUCCUUAUCGACGAAAAGACUGAUGAUAUAAUUAACCGCACAUUUAUGAUUAACGGAACGUUAUUAAGAUGUUUAGACCACGCACCUAUUAUGACCAAAAGUACUGUUGUCAGAGCCAGCGUGCUCUCAGCUAUGGCUAUAUUAUCGUUGUUCGGUAAUAUAGCUACUAUUGUAAGCUUAAAAAGAGGAAAGCGAAGUAGAGGGCGGGCAAGGCCUUCGUGGACUGCUAUAUACAGUUUGAUAUUUCAGUUGAGCAUAGCGGAUUUAUUAGUGACAGUGUUUUGUAUAGCAGGAGAAGCAGCGUGGUCUUUUACUGUUCAAUGGUAUGCUGGCAACAUUGCUUGCAAGUUGUUCAAGUUUCUGCAAAUGUUUGCUUUAUAUUUGAGUACGUUUAUACUGGUUCUUAUCGGAGUGGAUAGGUGGCUUGCGGUGAAGUAUCCAAUGAAGAGUAUGGCCACGGCGACGAGGAGUGGAAGACUAGUCAUUAUUGCCUGGGUGCUCAGUUUCUUAUUAAGUAUACCACAGAUCGUAGUAUUCCGAGUGGUAAAAGGCCCAUUUAUCGAGGAUUUCUACCAGUGUGUUACAUAUGGCUUUUAUACCGAGAGGUGGCAGGAGCAAGCGUAUACGACGCUAUCACUUAUAUUCAUGUUUAUACUGCCUCUAGUGAUACUGGUCUCGACGUAUGUUUCUACUGUUCGGACUAUUGCAAAGAGCGAGAAAGUCUUUCAGCCAGAAGUUAUUCGCCAGGAGAAGUAUUUAACGCCAGACAUGAACAGGCGCAGGCUGAUCGACCGAGCCAAAAUGAAGUCUUUGAGAAUGUCCGUCGUUAUAGUCGCCGCGUUCAUAGUUUGGUGGACGCCGUAUUAUAUUAUGAUGAUAAUAUUUAACUUUCUGGAUCCAGAUAAAGACACGUGCGGGGAACGACUGACGAACGACGACUCUACUGCCCACACUUCAAAUGUACCGAACAUUUGAAGCGUCAGCUUAAAGUCCCUACAGUGGAAAUGGAUGGAAGGAGAAGAUGGAACGAUGGAAAGAGUUUCUGCAUAUGUCCGUUAGGAUAAUAUAUGAUGUAUAAUGAUUUUUGACUCGUGGUGGGUUUUGGAAAUGGGUGGACCAUUUUGUACCUUCUUCAAUGUUGGAUUAGCAGCAAAGAAAACCAGAGUACACACAUAGCUAGCACACGCUUAUUACUUCUCCGAAGUCGCGGGCAUAACUAGCAUAUUACUUAAAAAUUGGGUAUUUUAAAACAUAGACUUGCCAUAAUCGAGAUUCUAAAAAGCAAAUUUAUGUUAUGCUUAAUUUUUAUUUCGUGUUCUCGAAAUAAUCGUCUCGAGCUUUCUCGUCACGUAAACCUUGAUCCAUUUUGGAUCACUGAGCUAGGCAAUAAGUAAGUUAGUCAUGCCUUGCUUCCCAAAAAGCAAUCCCCAAUAUCGGCCUAAAGUAUGACGUGUCAAAUUUUGAUCA